UUUUGAAAUUUGUACACGAACCCUAAAAUAAUGAAUUUUCAUAAUGGUUUAGUGAAAAUUCAGCAAUUUAUUUUAAUCACAACUAAGAAUUUUUCAUUUUCAAAUAAUUUACAAGCGAAUUAUAAAAAGGAAAAUAGGGUUUUGAAAAAAUUAAUGUAUGGAUCAUCGGCAAAAAAAAAAAAGUAUAAUAUGUUCGAUAAUAAUACUCCGCUACUACCUACUGCUGCCAAUUUAGCAAAAGGUGCUUUCGAGGGCAAAAAAUCUGUAAAUGCAAAACGAAUUGCCGUUUUAAAUAAAUUAUUUAUGAAAAAUAUCACCGAUCUAAUGGCUACCGGUGAAUAUUCAAACGAAUUUAUCGGGAAAGGAUUAGAAAUAUCACGUGUUCAGACCACACCAGAUUUUCAAGGUGUAAAUGUUUUUUGGGUAGCAAAAGGCUCUGAAGAUGAUGAUAAAUUACAAGAAACAUUAAAUAAACAUGCCGGAUCAUUGCGGCAUGAAUUAUCUCAACUUCGAGUUAUGGGUGUAGUUCCAAAAAUACAUUUCGUUAAAGAUAAAGUGUAUGCCAAAUUAGUUGAAGUUGAUGCUCGAUUAGUAAAUGCUGAUUUUGGAGACGAUUAUGUUCCCGUAGAUCCAAGUUAUCGAAUGAAAUCUGAGUUUAUGUUGAAUAGCAAAUUGUCGGAGGAUGUCAAAGAACAAAUCAAAAUUGUUGAAGAUGAAACGAAAGAUGAAAUCGAAGAAGAACCAUUACCUCCAAUGAGACAUGAUAUUUUUGGAUUAAAUCACUCUGAAAUGAUGGCUAGAGUAAAGCGGCAAAUUAAAAAAUCUAAAGCAUUACAUCGGAAAAAUCCCGCUACAAAUGUCGAAUUGACCGAAAUAAAUAAGUCGGAUCAAAAUAUAGCUCAUAGUUUUACAUAUCCAAGUAUGAGAGCACAAAAGCAAGCGUUUGAAAAAUUUUUACAGCAACGGCAGAUUAUGAAAAUGAAAGCAAAAAAGGAACGUGAUAAAAAUUAUAGUCCCGAUAAAGAAUAUCUACGCGAACAACUUUUGUCAUACGAAAAUGAUGACAUUAUCGAAGAUAAUCACCAAGAUAAAGAUUAUAUAGAAGAAUAUGAUGAUGCCAAAAAAAGUUGA